UUUGCACGUUGUACAUCUCUUCGCCCGCAACGGCAAGCUAACCUACAGUGUGGGAGCGGAGAAGUGAUUUAGAUAACGUAAUCACUUCUAAUUACGCGGUGAAACCUUAAAAUACACAUACAGCAUCCCCCUGUUCAAAUCAUUUAACCAAAGAUAUGGUGAUGGAGAAACCCAGUGCCCAGCUUGUCGGGCGAGAGUUUGUCCGACAGUACUACACUCUUCUCAACCAGGCCCCUGACUACCUGCACAGAUUCUAUGGCAAGAACUCGUCUUUUGUACAUGGAGGAUUCGACAACAAUGGCAAACCAGCAGAGGCAGUUUAUGGUCAAUCGGAAAUUCACAAAAAAGUCAUGGCGUUACGGUUUCAGGACUGCCACACAAAAAUCCGACACGUGGACGCGCACGCUACACUCAGCGAGGGAGUGGUGGUGCAGGUCAUGGGGGAGCUCUCCAACAACAUGCAGCCCAUGAGGAGGUUCAUGCAGACCUUUGUCCUCGCCCCUGAGGGCACAGUUGCAAACAAGUUCUACGUCCACAAUGACAUAUUUCGCUACCAGGAUGAGAUCUUUGGCGACUCGGAUUCUGAGCCACUUGAGGAGUCUGAGGAGGAAGCUGAGGAUCUUGAGGACAGGACGGCGUCACCCACAGUUGUUCAAGAGGACUCUGCCCCCUUCUAUGAACAGACAGCAUGUGCGGAACCAGAGGUGCCGGGCCAGGACCAGAGGUGCCAGGAGGAGGUAGACUCAGCCCCCGAGGCGCCGCCAGUAACGGAGCCUGAGCCUCCCGUCAUCGAGCUGCAGCCGGAGCUGGCCGCCGAAGCAGAGGCACCCACGUCGGAGCCCGCUGAGAUGGCACCCUCGUCCCCAACGCCCGCCGACCCAGCCCCCGCAAUGCCAGAGGAGAACAGACCGUUCUCCUGGGCCUCGGUCACCAGUAAAAACUUGCCACCGGGUGGAGCGGUCCCCGUCACAGGAGUGCCCCCUCAUGUUGUUAAAGCCCAGCCCACACAGCAACCCAGGGUAGAGGUCAAGGCAGAGGCUCCGGCCGCAACACAGAGGCCCCAGAGGGACCAGAGGGACCAGAGACCCAGAGAUCCCCGACCCGGGCCCCCAAUCACCAACAGGGGGCCGAGACCACCAGUGCGGGAAGGAGAGCAGGGUGAGAUGGAGAUCCGCAGGGCUAUCCGCUACCCCGACAGCCAGCAGCUCUUCGUGGGGAACGUGCCACACGACGUGGACAAGGCUGAGCUCAAGGAGUUCUUUGAACAAUACGGCACUGUGCUGGAGCUAAGAAUCAACAGCGGGGGGAAACUGCCCAACUUCGGCUUCGUGGUGUUUGACGACGCUGAGCCUGUGCAGAAAAUCCUCAGCAGCCGGCCGAUCAAGUUUAGAGGUGACAUCCGCCUGAACGUGGAGGAGAAGAAGACGAGGUCAGCCAGAGAAGGUGAUAGGAGAGAUAUCCGCCCGCGAGGUCCUGGAGGCCCUCGUGAUAAGAUCGGAGGUCCCCGGGGGCCCAUGGGCCGUGGCGGCCUCUCCCAGAAGCCCAGCUUUGGAGGCGGAAGAGGUGGCGGACCCGGUGAGGGGCGAUUCUCUGCUCCACGCCAGUAAACCCCAACCCCCACCCCUCCAACCCCCGAAUUUUCUGUCUGAUCCCCCUUCCCAUCUCCUCUCAGCCACUACUGACGCAGGUCAAACUGUUUGACAUGGACCCCCUUUUCCCUACGCCCCCUACCCCACAGCUCGGUCAUGCCCUCAGUCUCUCCUCAGUUCCUGAAACUUCACCUUUUUACUCUUGAGUCUCUCUCUCUCUCUGGCUCGCCUGUCUGGUAGAGGAUGGUGGAUAGACCCAGUUUUGCUGGGACUCUGAAAAUACUGUCUCUUACUUUAUGUUCAGAACUUGAAUUUGUUGUAGAUGGUGGGGAAAAUAAUCGAAGAUGCGAGGACAACAAUUACUUGAAUUGGGGAAAAAAAAGGAAAAUGACACAAGAAAUCAAGAGUCUGUUUUUUAGCGUUCUCUCCUUGUUUCUUAAAGGAACGUGUUUUUACUGCGUAUUGCUAGCACCCGCAUUCAGGUUAAGUGCAGGUUUUGAUUUUAUUUAGAAGUAUUGCCACGUUGGAUCAUGGUUGUGUACAGGUGACUUAGUAGCAUGGGGAAUACAAAUGAACCCUGUUUGCCUUUUAACUGUUGCACUUCAGAAAAACGCCACUGUCGAGAGAACAAUAAACUUGGUGUAAUAUUUUAA